CUUACCCGGAUAUCGGCUAGUACUUACGGCCGUCGAUCAACGUUCUUGACCCAGGCCAAGCCCCCUCGAACGAACGACUCAGAUGCCCGCCAACAUGACCUCGACAUACCCUUUUGAGCCAACUCCUCCGUGGACGACUGUAAACCCUAAGCCAUUCUUGCCUUUUCGCACGCGUUACGAUAGCGAAGCGCCUUCAUUACCGUCGCCUCGAAACGAGCCGUUCAAUGACAACUAUGUCGUUAGCACUCACCUCGUGCCUGCUGGUUGUCCAAGACUCACUCCGGAUAUCCCAUUGCCUGUGGUCCCUAAAUUCACGACGAAUGCCGCAGAACGGAAACGAGCUGUCCAGCAGCUUUCCACUGAACUUAUGAUGCGACAAGAGCGCUUCAUUCGGGGAGAGUUGGGCGGAGAAAGAAGCGAGAAGCCGUUGUGGAACUGUGUUAACCGAUAUGUCAAGAGAGCUCAAGAUGGGAGGAAGGGCUUGACAUUGUUCUUCACUCACGCAAAUGGUUUUCCCAAGGAGAUAUGGGAAGCAACUCUGCGAUAUUUAUUAUCGUCACCCACAGCUUCACUGAUUGACGAGGUGUGGUCUUGGGAAGCCGUUCAGCACGGUGAUGCUGCAUUAGUCAACGAGACAAAUCUCAGUGGCAUAUUUGAUUGGCGAGACAACGCGCGGGAUAUUGCACACUUUCUAUUAUACUAUCUACCGGAAGAUACAUCUUCAGAGGUUUUACCGACGCAUCUACAACUUCUGCCAGAGGCUAUCCGUGAAUCCAGGAAGAUCAAGGGAUUUUCAUCCCGUUCCCUGGUCACCAUUGGACAUUCAUUUGGUGGCUGCACUUCGAUACUAGCAGCUGUCAAUUUCCCUGCACUGUUCUCCUCCAUAAUUCUCAUAGACCCUGUAGUUGUUAACGGUCUCAACUAUUCCUCCAAUUUAACUGGGCUCAAUUCGGCCGCCCUUGGUAGGCGCGAACGUUGGCCAUCACGUGAGGAGGCAUUGCGCUCGUUCAAGGCCUCUCCAUUCUUCAGAGCUUGGCAUCCUGAUACCCUGCAGCUAUAUGUUACAUAUGGCUUGUGCGAGGAUUCACAAGGGGGCGUGAAGCUAAAGACGUCAGCUCUACACGAGGCUUUGGUGUUCGUAGAUCAUAUAGGAUCAAAUGAAGCAUGGGAACUGUUGGAAAAGGUGGACGAGCGAAUAGAACUGCGUUGGAUUGUUCCAGGGAAGCCCGAAGACAAGGGGUGCGUUACCCCCAGCCAUAAACUCUACUCUACUGAUGUCUGUUUCAGAAUUGCAGGCGAAAAGGCAACGAGGGUGCGAGUGUGGCGAAGACCUGUUAACUCAUCCAACGUGGUGUUUCACUCUGCUGGGCAUCUGGUAAGCAGAUGUUUUGUGUCCAUGUACAAGUUUGAUUAAGGCGGGCUGUUGCUCAGAUUCCACAUGAAACGCCAGAGGAGCUUGGUAAGUGAUUUUUCGUUUUCUACAGCAAUGUUCACGUCAUGAUUUUCCUCUAGCC